AUGGUGAGCACCGCUUGCUGGCCGUGCCGCCAACGCAAGGUAAAGUGCGACAACAAACAGCCGUGCGAAAACUGCGUCAAGCGCGAACACCCUCAGCUAUGCUCCUACAAACCAAACCGCACAGCCUCCCACGGCACUAAUCACAAACCCGCCGGCUCCGUGACAACCGAGGGCGGUAACAGUACCGCCGGUGGUGCUGCCGCUACUGCCGCUGCUGCCACGACCGCGACGACCACUGUGGGUAACGGCACGGCUUCUACGACCAACAAGCUGAAAAGACCGCACUCGCCCGAGGAUCCCGCCGCGGACGUUGCCGCGGGCCAACCUCCCCUGAAGCAGGAAACCGGCGGCGCGAACUGGCCACGCGUGGCCAUCGGUAAGUCACCAUUAUCAUCGUCGUCAUCAUCACUGCCGCAAGACCACCAACACCAGCACAUCCACCCUGGUAUGAGACCUUUUGCUGCUGCGUCCAUGUCUUCCUCGUUUGCGGGAAACAACAACGGGCUGUAUACUGAUAAACUCCCCCGGGGACCAGUAGCCGCAGGCGUGGUGGACGAGACCGAGGCCCCCGAGGCCGUGACGCGGUAUCUCGGGCAGAACAGCAUCCCUUCCCUGCUGCGGGAGCAGUCCGGGGCGAACGAGCUCCAGGAGGGCGUCGAUAUACGGCAGGACAUGCGGUCCAUUCUCGGCCUCGAUACCUCGGCGCCCUUCCCGCUCAUGUCAUCCAAGCAUCUUGAUAGUCUUACGAGGGAGAUUUCGGCGGAGCUGCCCUCGGACCGUGAAGUCAUGAAACUCUUCCGCACAUACAAAGAAACCCCGCAACAGUUUUGGGGCUUCGUCGUCGAUAUUGACGACCUCGAGUCCAAGCUCAUGGUCUACCUCGAAGAUCGUGCCCGCAAUGCCAGCAACGCCACGCGGACGCCCAAGCCAGUGUCGGCGUCGUGGCUCGCCAUCCUCUUUGCCCUCCUCGCCGUUGGGUCGCAGUACCACGACUCGCCAUAUCACAUCCGCACGCGGGACUCGCAAAAGUACAUACAAAUAUCAUUCCAUUUCUUGCGGCUCGGCAACUUUUUACUACGACCCACAUUCGACUCGAUCCAGGCUCUCUUACUCACCAGCUUCGUCCUCCUCAAUGACAUGAAGGCCGAAGCAUCGUGGGCCCUGCUCGGCCUGACGUGUAGGCUGGCCCAGUCUCUCGGCCUGCACCGCCCAAAUCCCUCGGACGGACGGGAUAGCGCCCGGAGCGACGGGCAGUCCAAGGAGAUGAUCCGCCGGAAGCUGUGGUGGACGUGUGUAUGGCACGACACCCUCACGUCACUAUCGUUUGAUCGUCCAACCAUGACAAAUAUCCCCUGCUGCCCAAUCCCGACGGUAGCAACCACCAUCGCAGGCGAAUACGGCUACCUGGACACAAUGUACCACCUCUGCGAAAUCAUCUCGCGGCGCCUCAACCCAGAGGCCGCGACAACGGUAAGCUACGAGCAAAUAGUUGAAAACUGCGAAGCCGUCGAGAACCUCCGCAACAUGGUGGCCCCCAACAUCCGCAUCAAAGAACAGUGCAAGCGCGCCGUCGACCGCCUCCAGCACUACGCCGUCCGCCUGCACACCUCCUUCGUCAUCUCCGUCUGCUGCCGCCCCGCCCUCCGCCGCGACUGCACGAAGCUCACGCCCGAGCAGAAGCGCCACCUCUCGGACAAGUGCCAGCAUAACCUCGCCGAGACGGUCCGCAUGUUCCUCGCCAUGCACCAGCUCUCCGUCAUCCCCACCCGCAGCUGGGCGUUUACAUAUCACGGCCUCUCCUCGGCACUGCUCCUCGGCAUCCUGGGCGAGACGAAAAACAGCCCCGAGGUCCGCCAGCUGCAAGGGGACCUCAUUGCGGCGCUGUCCGCGACGGCCGCGAAAGAGGCCACCUCGCCCACGGCCCAUAUCCCCAAGACGGAUAAAGAUAUCGAGCUCUCCGGUCCGUUGUGGAGGGCGCUGACGGCGCUGCGCAAUAUUUACGAGCACGGCACCAUCAUGGGCACGUCACAGUUGAAGGGGACCGACUCGAGCGGCACCGGGAGCGGGGCGAGGACGCCGCUGCCGCCGAUGCUCAUGGGCUCGCUGGGCAACAACGUCAAUGGCAGUAACAACGAGGGGAAACCGUUUGGUAUGGAUCCCCACCAGGACGCGGCCCUUGCCAUGGCCGAGAUGCAAAACGGUACAGCAAUGUCGGAAUACACGUCUGGGUACGUCAUCUUUGAAGCUUGCCUUUUCCGAUCCUUUUGUCCCCCCCC